UAAGAGAGAGCAUUUGAUGGUUGGGUACAGGUUAUCAGUUCACACUCUUGCCUGUGCCUGUGGUACAUACAGUAUCAUAUACUGAGGCAACUGUGUUACCUUAUUAGUAUACAUGAGUUGUGUUUUGGAGGAAUAUUAGUAGACAUGAGACCAAUGCAGGAGAACAUCAAGGUGCUUUACUUUGCAAACAAAUGUCUGGAGCCAUAUGUAAUGAUCAUCACAGGGAACGAUUCAGUAAAGCCUCGAUGGAGCGUGUGCAGCUCAGAGGAGGGUAACCGCUCUGAGGGCGAGGAGACUGAGGACAUACUUCCUGUUCUCCGAAACCACAGCCAGCUCCUCAACGACCAACACAUCGAGAGUCUAGCCAAUCACAUACCAGCAAGGACACAGGGGUAUCCAUGGAACCUGGUCUACAGCACAGCCAUUCAUGGCACCAGCCUGAAGACUCUGUACAGGCAAAUGGCCCACAUCGACAGUCCUGUGCUUCUGGUCAUCAAAGACAUGGAAAAAAAGGUGUUUGGUGCCUUCUCCUCCCAUCCCUUCAGAGUGAGUGACUGUUGCUACGGAACAGGAGAGACUUUUGUCUACAGCUUCGACCCUGCAUUUAAGGCCUACAGGUGGAGUGGUGAGAACUCUUACUUCAUCAGGGGCCAUAUGGACUCUCUACAGAUUGGUGGAGGAGGGGGGCUUUUUGGCCUGUGGCUGGAUGCUGAUCUGUACUACGGUGCCAGCUUCCCAUGUCACACCUUCAACAACCAGCCCCUGUCCACCCAGCAAGACUUCACAGUUCAGGACCUGGAAGUCUGGACUGUCCAGUAAACAGAGCGAGACGCUGAGAGACUCAGAAGCGGAAAAGAGAGAGAGAAAAAAGCUAGAGCCAUGAUUAUCUAUGGUUUACAACAUGGCUUUACUUGUGUUCAGUGAGGUUUAGCCUGUGUUCAAGCUGUUAAAGUACAGUAAGCUUAAUAUAGUAAGCUUGGUUUGUCCAAUGACUGUAUAUAUGAAUGGACAAUGCCAUCGAUCACGUGACACCAGUCAUUCCUAUGUGAAAACUCAAUAGUGCAUUUGAAGCCAAGGAAGUCCAUUAAGAUGGCGUCUCAUGUGGGAGAUUUACGUAGGCAUUACAUGCUAGUUUGAGCUACUCCAGGAUGUGACGUUGCAGGCUAGCUCAGUGCUGCCCCCUCUCAUUGAGUAUUUCAUGUUAAAGGCAGAAUGGGGCAUGCUGCCAUUAGCUACUAAAUUAUGAUAGUAACUUCUUCUGUGUGCGAUUUUAAAAUAAUCGGUUCAAGCACAUACAUCUGGGGUAAUAAGACAUUUUUGUUUUUAUUUGUUAUUAUAUUUAUAUGAAGAUUGACCAUGAAGAUUGCCAUUCCCAUUUUAGAGUAAUAUCCUAUUUUCAUCACAAUUUCCUCAUAAGCUUUAAACAUUAUAGAGGCUAAGAUGAACACACUACUGUACUACCCAACUAUUUUGUAUUUAUUUCUGUGUCUGUGUUACAAGGGAACAACAUCAGAUGCCCCGUAGGGAUUCCUCACACACACAACACUCAGGUCUAGAAACAGCCACGGCAGAGUACUGUCUCUUAGAGCUGCUAAAAGUGGCCUCUAAUGGUUUGUACUAAAGGUAUGGGUUUAAAUCCAUGUUAAAUGUUUUCUUACAUUUCUAAAAGAGAAUAAUGAAAUUUGUUUAAAAGAAAGAAACAGGAUAUAAGAUGGACCAAUUGUUUUAGUUUGGCGUCUUUUUCACAUUCCUUUGAUGUUUUUAUAUUUGCUAUAAAAAAAAAUAUAUAUAUAUUUAAAGAAAGGUUAUCCAGGGAAGUAUUUUGUUUUGUUUUUCUGUAUGUGUGCUGUACAGUGCUGGCACUGUUAAUGGCUCCUUAUUAAAAUUCUGCAUUUCCAGGUGACAAAAAAUGUGCUUUAAACUUGUGUGAUUAUGUGACUGAUUGUUUUCAGAUCAAUAAGCAUCAUUGCCUGAAAUAUUAAUACACUAAUAUUAAUCUCAUCAACAACAAUAUAAAAGCAAGAUUCAUGAAAACAAAAGGACAUAUGACAUGUUUUAGAUUUACUCAGUAUUUUGAAUUAUCAUGCCAGAUGCCCAGUCAUUUCUGUAUGUUGAAAUUAAGCUAUCAAUAGGUAGCCUAAGGCCACAUCAGUAAUCACUCAUUGUAUGAUUGGUUUUGAAAGAAAUUAUAAAAUGUCACAGCAUUAAUUUACAUGUUGCUGUACUGUCAAGGAAAGUAUGUUUGCUUAAUGAAAAUUACACCUGCAAUCUCAAAAGCAAGGCCUACAUAGGAUGCAGCCUAAUGUACUUUCACAACAGCUAAUGGGGAUCCUAA